CGUACGGUACGGUACCGGGUAUGGUGGUAUGCAUUGUACGGUCCCGACAAGGGCAUAUAUGCCGUACGCGUCCUCUGGUUUGUCGUUGCGAACCGCACCGGUGCAUCCACGAGCAAAACCACGCGCGCAUCGCGCUGUACUAUGGGACACAGACCAACUGUGUCUCGCCAGACACGUCAUCGCCUUCGGUUGGAUCCCACUCCCAACGCCGUUCACUAUGGAUCCGGCUAACGGCAGAAACAGGAAACGCUCGGCGAGCCCGGUUUUGCUAUCGCCGCGCGACCGCCGUGCCACCGGGGCUYGAUCGAAUCCAUCGGUGAUCGCUUCGYUGGAACCUACGAACCUUUUGGUCGAUGCGUUGCUUGUUCUGUUUCACGAUUACCGAGUUGGUUCRAACGCAAUUCCACUGCGAUUUCGCUUUGUUCGUGGUCUCGYUGGCAUGCAAGAAUCACGGCCGGUGCGCACUCAACUCCCGUCGCCAAGCAGCUUUUCGUAGCGUCAGGGUAUUCGCUGGAACAAACUGCCGCCACACGACGACGAUACCGCAACUCGCCGUUUUACGACCCCGUGUUCGGACCCCUCUGUCCAUAUUCUUUCCACUCUGUUCACACCCACCACCAACCCUCCAACUUUCUAAAAAAAUAUACCUAUAACUACCUUCCCCACCCGCUCCAAAAUGAUGAAGUUUGCCACCCUUUUCCUCCUCGCCGCCGUCCUUCUUUCCGGAGGCGCCAGUGCCGCCCAGCGGCGCCAACUCCGGGCCCGGGGRGCCGCCGACGACCUCACCAGCGACAUCGAUGCUUCCGUCCUCAACCGAAUCAAGCAGCGAUACCACAGCAGCAUCGACCACGCCGUGGCUCCGGCCACCGAACAACGGGUCCUGGCSGAAGACGACGACCUGUCCAUGAGCCUCAGCAUGUCGAUGAGCCUUUCCAUGUCGAUGAGCAUGUCCAUGCCCGUCAGACGACGCAUGCUGGAAGAAGACAUGUCGAUGAGCAUGUCCAUGAGCAUGGAGGACGAAAUGUCCAUGUCCAUGAGCAUGUCCAUGUCCAUGUCGAUGUAAGCACACCAGGAAUUCGAAAGGAGGGAAAGCAAGCAAGCAAGCCCCUGGUUUCGCUUCCUCGAUUGUCGAGAGGGGAGAGGGUCGGGAGAAACCGGGAGCGUCGAGUCGAUGCAAAACCACCGCACUCGUGUCGCGUGUGCAUUAACGACGGUUGUGUUUGGUGCCGAAUUUUUGAAAUGGCCGUGGAAGGACGAUUCUUUCGUCACCUGGUUCCCCGGAAAGGGCGAAGGAUCGCCUUGGCCAACAACCGGCUGCCGAGACACCCCGCACCCCCUUUGCGAUUCCGAAAGGGUCGCUGUGUACAUGGUCCAUAAUAGUAGAAGCACAACCAUAAAUGUGAUAAGAAAUG